CUCUCUAUCUGAUUUACUCUCUAUCUGAUUUACUCUUUAUCUGAUUUACUCUCUAUCUGAAGCGUUUAAAACAAAAUCCUUCAGUUUCACCAGAGGGAAGACUGACAGGAUGAACACUAACAGUGAUGUGACUCAGAGGCAAAACAACGUGUGACUCCAUGGAGCAGCAGGAGGAGAAGAGAUAAUGCUAUAAAGUAAAGGCACCUUCAAGGCACAAUGUCCUCAGGCCACAGGCUGAGGGACGUGGAGCAGCAGCACCCCCUGCUGGACGGGGAGGAUGAGGCGGCGGAGAGGAGUUCCCGUAACGAUGCAAAGCGACUCUGGUUCAUCCAGGACUGCUGCGGCAUGGUGUGUGCCUUCAUCACCUGGUUCCUGGUGUUUUACGCUGACUUUGUGGUCACCUUCGUCAUACUGCUGCCCUCCAGGAGCUUCUGGUACGCCGUGGUCAACGGGGUGGUCUUCAACAGCCUGGCUGUGCUGGCGUUGGCCUCCCACCUCCGCACCAUGCUGACCGACCCGGGAGCCGUUCCCAAAGGAAACGCCACUAAGAAGUACAUGGACAGUCUGCAGCUAAAGCCGGGCGAGGUCAUCUACAAAUGUCCAAAAUGCUGCAGCAUCAAACCUGAGAGGGCUCAUCACUGCAGUAUCUGUAAGCGCUGCAUCCGUAAGAUGGACCACCACUGUCCCUGGGUCAACAACUGUGUCGGGGAGAAAAACCAGCGCUUCUUCGUCCUCUUCACUAUGUACAUCGCUAUAAUCUCCAGUCACGCUCUGGCUCUCUGUGGAUACCAGUUCGUCACCUGCAUCAGAGUCCAGUGGAGAGAGUGCAGUGAUUUCUCCCCUCCGGUGACGAUGAUGCUGAUGAUCUUCCUCUGCAUGGAAGCCCUCCUCUUCUUCACCUUCACAGCUGUUAUGUUCAGCACUCAGGUCCACUCCAUCUGUAACGACGAGACGGAGAUCGAGCGUCUGAAGAACGAGAAGCCGACCUGGGAGCGUCAGACUCGUUGGGCGGGGCUGAGGUCAGUGUUCGGAGGUCAGCCUUCGCUGCAGUGGAUCAGCCCCUUCGCUGGACUCAAACUACCAACCCUGAUCCACAGACGCACCUGGAGAGGCGGGGCAGAGUUCUCCGUGUGAGAAGCUGUCAGUCGAACACUGCACAGUGGUGGCGUUUCAUGGUGGUGAUGAACCUGCAGAGUCCACCUGGGUUUGCAGAGCUCAUCUUUACCUGCAGUCUGUCACUGAGUCGGAGGAACUCCACCUACCUCUAAGGCCCGACCUCUGACCUUCCUGUCAGGUGGAGGAGCAUCAUCCCUACAGGAGAAACUAAAGAUGUAACCCGGUCAGACUGACUGGAGGCCGACGCUGUGUGGAGAAUCUUUAGGGGGGUUUCUUCCUCAUUAAUCAGUGGAGGAGUCUGAAUGUUUUUUUAAAUGUGCUCAUUAAGAUGCUGGAUCUUCUUGGAGCAGUUACUGAUUACUGGAAUCUUCAUUUGACCAAUAAUCAUAGAAUUUGUUUCCUCACAUUUUGGGGGAACCCUUAAACUGAUUUAUUUUGCUUCAGUAGAAGUUGAUCUGCACUGUGUGCAUCAACAUAAUAAUAAUGAUCCUUCCUUUCAGUUAAAAUAAUAUCAUCUAUUUCGGGCCCCUGUGGAGUUUCCUCUUGUGGUUUCCUGAGAUUCAACAAAUGUAUUACGCUUAUUUCCCUCAUCAAAACAUUUGCAGCGCUGACUCAUAAAGUAUUUUAAAUCCUGUAUUGUUUGCACCUUUUGUUGGCAUAUAACUGUAACUGUGGAUCAGUGGGAUCGUGUAACACCACUGUAACACCACUGGCAGGUUUGUGGAUCCCAUCACUUGUGUUCUUGUGCGUCCUCGUGCUCGAGACAAACAGCAGGAACUGAUCCAUGGUGCUACGAGAGGUCUGAAACUCCACAGGAACCUUUAAGAAAUCAUAUUAUAAAGGUAAAAAGAAAUCAUAUCAAAUCGUCAAUUAUCUUUUUUUUCUUGGAUUAUUUGAAAGUCUCAAUCAAUGAAUCAAACACUCCAAAAUUCCUCCUUAAAUCAAACUUCUUUUCUUUCCUUAAAAAAAGUCACUCUGAAUGUUUUGUUUUUACAUUUCUCAACACAUUUGGCCUUCUGCAAGAUUGUCUCUGGAUUCUCAUCCUGAAACCUCUCUUACCUUUUUGUGUUUGUUCAUGUGAGUCAGCUUCACCAAACCAUAUUAACUGCACAACUAUGUCGUCAACUGUUUGUUUCAAACACCUGAACCUUCAGAUGACUGUAUCAAGCCAGGUUCAUUCACAAAACGUUCAAGACAAGAGUAAAAAUAACUUAUACCCUGAGUGUGAAGUUUUGCUGUCAGACUGUAAAAGUUGCAAUGCCAAAAUACUUCUGUACUACACACGAUAAAAGACAUAAACGCUACAAAAAUCAGAACUAAAAUCUGUCGUAAGACGUCCUAAUAACAUGGCACAUCACACUGAUUAUUUCAUUUCUAUUAACCAUGAUGUUAGGGAUGGAAAUGUUGAUCCAUUAGUUGGUGACGUGUCCAAUACUUUGGUUUAGCACCAACUACCUGCAACACUAACAACAUUCAGAAAAGCUGCAGCUGUACUUUGUUUUUACUGCUGAUUUGCAGACGUUAGCAUGCUAACAUGCUAAGGCAGUGACUGUGGUAAACAUUAUGCCUGUUAAUCAUCAGCAUGUUAGCGUUUAGCACAAAGCACGCUGUGUCUAAUUACAGCCUCAGAGCUGCGAUCAUGACUCUGGUUUUAUCUUUGUAGUCUUUAUUUAAACUCAGAUAAUUUACACUAAGUGUUUUUCACGUUGGCUGAGGUGCUCUUCAUAUCUGGUAUUAACAUGUCUCAGCUAAUCAGGUCGCAAGUGUAAACGACAACUCUGACACACUGUGAUCUGAUCACUCAAACCAAUUACCAGUGUCAUAUCUUUUUAAUGUAAACGUACACAUGCUACGUCUUAAUUACUUACUUACCUAAUUAAUUACUAAGGGGACCUUCUAUCAGAAGUGUUGUAGGCGAUAACAACAUCUGAAGGCAGACACAUGAUACACACAUGAUACACACAGGCGUAAACGGUGAUUUGUCUCAGUUGUCUUGUCUUCUUGUUUCCAGAUCACUAGAACAUGUUAGUACCAGGUGUAAGCAGGCGCAUAAAUAACAAAUAUCCUCAGGAAUGGAUCUUUCCUGACACCUCGUACCCUCAAAGUGCCGUUUGUUUGUGACUUUCACUGUCUGGAAGAUGAAAACGUAGCGGUUAAGUGUGUGCGGUGAGAUUUAACCUUGUGCACUGUGUAUGGAGCCUCACUGAGCUCCUGUUUGACAUUCCCAUAGAACGUGAAAUGUUCUGUAUGUUUUAUGUUUUUUAACCCCUGUACAAUCUGUAUGAAACCACAGUCAGGACUGGACCAUUUUUCUUCGCCACCUCUCAACUGGAUGAACCUCACGGGAUGAACAGCUGAUUGCAAAGUGUGUCUCUGGUUAUUUCAUGCUGCCUCUUCCUCCUGCUCACUCAGGGCAGUUUUCUUUACUCAUCAUGCACGAAAUCAUCUUCCACAAACUCCUUAAGUAUUUUACCUCACCAGGUGAAACCAGGUGUCUGCGGGUCCUGGACAAAGUCUGAAACUCUCUUGUUUAUCAAAAUGCAAACCGUAAAGUCGUUAAAUGUUCCUUCUGUCUGUACAGAGUCAAAUCAGUUCCAUCCUGCAGACAUUUAUAAAGAUCAUGUUUGUUUUCAUUUCUUAAACAUGGGUAUUUAUUUGAUUCUGAAAACCACUUCAAGUAUCCUUCAAUGUAAACUGAAGUCCAAUGAGACUCGCAGACAAACCAGGACAAAACUGUUGAAAGAAAACAAAGGGAAUCUGACUUUUCAAAGAAUGUAUCGGACUGCAGUGACUGUACAUUUGUUUUUGAGAUUUCAGAGAUUUUUAUAUGUUGAUCUGUUUCCAUUUUUCAAGACAUUUCGAAUAAACCGAGAUCCUCUCUACCUCUUUAAAGAA